UGUACCCAGUUAUCUCUCAAUGGAUACACUUUUCAAGGAAGAGGGUAGCAUCGGUCUAGGUGAACUUGAUCCAGGUUUUGUCCUCGCUACGGGGACCCCCGUUUCCUCCAAUAACCUAUUUAUCCCUCCACUGAGGAUGGUGAGCUGCCCUGUGGCUUGUGACCCGGCGAGGUGAUGUGAUGGACUUAGGGCUGCUGGAAGAAGUUGUUGUCUGAGACAACAGAGCGUGCUCAGAAUGAGGGUGUCGAGACAGCAGAGGCCUGUAGGUAGAGAACGGUGGAAGGCUGGCAGCUCCAUCAAGAUUUGGAGCAAGACAUUGAUCAGAAUUUUAUGUAGUGAAAAGUAUAAUCUGAAAGGGGGAACUCAUUCUUCAUGUUGGAUAGGUGGUUGAAAUGUUGGUCGUUGAAAUGUUGAUUGGCAUAAUGCUGUGCCUGUGGCCCUUCCAGCUUUGAAAGCACUUACACCACCACCUCAAGGCUGCAACAGUCUGCCGUUGAAACGGUAUGAAGAGGAGCAGACCAUCUUCUGAACAGUAGGUGGCAGUAAUGCAGCUCAAACGUUGGUUGCAAAUCUGCCAUAACCUCAACCGAAGAAGAAGACUCGCUUUCUGUACUGUCGUUUUAAAACCUGACGUUAACGUGUUUGUGUCUGUAGCGGCAGUUAACUUAUUUUUAUUAAAUUGUCUAGCUAGUUGAUUACUUACAAAACAAGGAAACGCAAAAUACGGUGCUUCACAGUGGCAGCACAAGGUAACGUAACUCUCCAGUGACUGGACCAAACGGCCGAUCAUGGACAGUGAAGUUCAGAGAGACGGCAGGGUCCUGGACCUUACAGACGAUGCUUGGAGAGAAGAUCGUCUACCUUAUGAAGAUGUGACCAUCCCACUGAGUGAACUACCUGAGGCAGAACAAGACAACGGAGGAUCGACGGAGUCUGUGAAAGAACAAGAGAUGAAGUGGUCGGAUCUAGCUCUGCAAAGUCUGCAUGAAAACACACCCAACUCUGGAACUUAGUGGAUCGACUGACCAAGGAGGCUAGUUUUCUAGCAAUGACACAAAGCUGAGAUACAUUUCAGUCAAAAUGUAGGAAAUAAAUUGCCUAAAAACAAAUGGGAGUGAAACGUGAAUUAGUACCAAUGCUGAAACAAGAAACAUUUAUUUGGUCAGAUAAAAAAAUAUAAAUAAAACCCGACAUGAAUAGAACAACAUUGUCUAAUGAAAAAUGUGGGUAAUUAAAAAUAGGCUACCCCAUAAAUGUUUU